AUGGAUUUUAUCCAAAUCCGAUCAAACUUUCUCUUCCAAACUAUUAAAAAACAAAAAGAUGGUGGUCCAGCUGAGUACGAACCAGCAAGCCAUAGUGGAUCUGGGUGGCCCCGAACUGUAAUCCGUCCACUGCUGAGAGCGAGAAGUAGUCGCUGCUCUGUGAAACCAGCCUCACGCAUUACCCUCCUCUUUAGUAACCGUCUGACCCAAGCCUUCGCUCGAACCAGACGAAUAACUCGCCAGCUUGGACCGGGCAGUCCAGAAACAUGCCAAACCAGAACCGACCGUGGAUCCGAACCAGUGUUCCACCAUCUUAUUGUCCCCACUUGGGUCACAAGCUCUAGUUACUUAGCUCGACGUUCUGUAGAUGCUUCUUUUUCGUAUAUAAACAAAUACGAUCUCGGAACUUUGCAGCUUACUUCUGAUUACGUUCCUGGUUAUGGAGUUUCAGAUAGCAGGAGGAGGUUCUUGAAAUCUUCUGUCUCAAGAAGAACACUUACCGUAUCAUCUUGCUCUUCCUGUCUGGUUCACAAACUUGGCGUUGGUAAUGGACAUCUAAAAUCUGCCAUUAACAAAGCUUCCUUUGUGUGCCGAGCAAGUUCUUCAGGCCACAGGAGAAACAACCCUGAUUUCUCAAGAAACAACAACAAGCAUGGAUUCCGAGGCAGAAACAGGCGAAACGAAGACAGAGACGGUUUGGUAGAUGGUAAUGCUCUCGAAGACUCCGAAAUCUUGUCUUACAAAAACGGUCCUAUGUUCUCUCUAUCCAACUCACCGAAGUUCCAGGGUGCUUCAUCAUCACCUGGACCAAGAGAGAAAGAGAUAGUGGACCUUUUCAGGAAAGUCCAGGCUCAGCUCCGAGCUCGAGCUGCUGCUAAGAAAGAAGAUAAGAAGGUUGAAGAAGCUUCUAAAGGACAAGGAGGGAAAGAGAGUGAGACUGUUGACUCCCUUCUUAAGUUACUGAGGAAGCACUCAGGAGAACAGAGCAAGAAGAGAGAUAGCAAUGUUAGUUCUGAGAAGCAGCAGCUACAUGGAGAUGAUGAUGAUGAUGUUGCAGAAAGACAGGAUCACGGUUCCAAUCAUUUCGAUUCGCGGAAUAAAGAUCAGAACGCAGUGCCCUUUACGAGGCCAGCUUCAAGCUUCAGACGCAACUCCCCUGUACCGAGGCAUAAAUCUCAGUCAAGUUAUUUUAGUGAGGCCGACGCCGUUUAUGAUGAGGCAUCAAGUUACAGUGUGACUUGGACUCAGAAAAAGGAUCAAGUAGUGUCUCGUGAUGAACCUGAAUACGAGCCUGAGCUUGAGCCUGAAUCAGAACCAACACUAGCCAUUCUGGAAACAGAAUCAGAGCUGAAACCAGAGUCGUUUUACCAAGAGGAGAGUGAAGAGGAUCAUGAGGUGGCUUUAGAUGAGUUAUCAGAGGAUGAUGAGUCUCUCGUUGUAGAGGAAGAAACUGCGAAAGACGAAGACUUGAGUGCACUAAAGUUGAUAGAGCUUAGAGCCAUAGCAAAAGCAAGGGGUCUUAAAGGGAUUUCGAAGAUGAAGAAAGCUGAGCUUGUUGAUUUGCUGAAUAAAGGAUGA